AUGAAGGCUGUAGGUUUUGACGAGCCUGGAGGUGCGGAGGUCCUCCAGGUUCGGGAGGUUCCAAUGCCCGAGGUUCGGGAGGGGGAGGUGCUCAUUCGUGUCGCUGCUACUGCUCUGAAUAGAGCCGAUAUCAUGCAGCGUCUGGGAUCCUAUCCUCCACCUAAAGGUGCAUCACCCAUUCUUGGUCUAGAGUGUUCUGGCACUGUCGAGUCGGUUGGCUCUCACGUAACACGCUGGAAGGUUGGCGAUCAGGUCUGUGCAUUGCUGGCUGGGGGUGGGUACGCUGAGUAUGUAGCAGUACCUGAGUCCCAGAUUCUUCCAGUGCCAGUCGGUGUGCCACUAGUGGACGCUGCAGCUCUGCCGGAGGCUGCAUGCACGGUGUGGUCCACUGUCUUCAUGAUGGCGAAGCUGCAGCCUGGAGAGUCGUUUCUGGUGCAUGGUGGAUCCAGUGGUAUUGGUACAUUUGCUAUUCAGUUGGUGAAGCUGCUCGGAAGUCGUGUCUUCUGUACAGCUGGUAAGCAACACGAAAUCAAGAAAAGUCGUAGCAAAUCCCUGAGCUGA